ACCAGUAGUAGUAUGAUGCAAAACAAGCAGCGCAGCAGUAGCACUGCAAAGUCUACUCUUGAGCCCGAAGUUAUUGCGGUUCGUAUCGGCAAGUACCACACGAUCCGAUGCGCAUGCGCCCCGUCGCCGCACACCACGACCGGCGCCGCCGCGUCGAGCUCUGCAAGUACACUUGCCGCCCGCAAAAAGCUCGACGGCCUCCGAGUUCAAGUUUCGAAUUCGAACUGCCGCCUCACGAAUCGCAAUUCGCAACUAAACCCCAACGGCUCCACCGCCGCCGCACCUACAAGAACCGGCAAAAGGCUCGUAGCAGAGCUCCUGCAACUUCGAAAGUGCACCGAGCGUCCACCAUGUCCCGCAAGAAGCCAUCGGCCCCGGCGCCGGCCAUGGCCUCCACCGGCUGCUCCGGCCUCAUGUCCUGCCUCUCCAUCCACCGCCGCGGCCCGCCGCAGCCGGCGCCGAGGGGGGCAGAGGACGCGCCGCUGCGCAGCAGCGACGCGGAAAGGUACGGGAAGAGGAUGCAGCUCUUGGAGGAGGAGAUCAGGAGGCUGAGCGAGUGGCUGGGGGGGCAGGAGGAGAGGCCCGCGCCGCCGGGCGCCAAGGCCGGGGAGGAGGGCACCGGCUCGGCCGCCACCGAGUGCUCCAGGAACGGGGCUACCAAGAGGUGUGCCAGCGUCGGCCACGGCGCCAGCAGCGUGCAGGAUAUGGUGAGGCUGGAGGACGGGAGCUACCUGCGCGAGGUCAGGAGGGUGCGGGUCGGGCGGCCAUGGGAGAGGCUGGCCGUGCAGGUGUCGCGGCCCGUCGUCCCCGUGGACGCGUCGAGCGCGUCAGAGGUUCUUGACAAGAUGGCAGCGAUGAGGGCCGAGGACCUGUACAAGUUCCUGAUCAAAAUGAUGCCGCUGAAGGACAUCACCGGCCAGCGGAAAUCCGGCGAGCCCGUCCGCCGGACGGCGAGGCUGAGCUCGGGGGACGACCUCCUGGAAGCUCUCGUCUUCGAAGCAACGGACGAGCUGGAAUCUUUGGUCCUGGACGGCCUGAAGAUCCAGAUGUCCCCGCCGGCCACCGAACCCGCCGCCACGGUCGCCGCCGACCGGAGGCGCGACGAGGCGGUGGGCAAGGGCUGCAUGGUGCUCGUGGUCCUGGUGCAGCUGAGGGAUCCGAGCGAAAGGUACGCCGCCGUCGGGGCCCCCAUGAUCGGGCUCAUCGAGGCGUCCCUGCAGAGGAAGGAUGGCGCGGUGAAGCAGGAGAUGCGGGGGCUGCACGCUGCCGGGAUCAGCUUCGUCAACAGGAAGCCGAGGGAUGGCAGGUGCAUCAGCAUCAUGUGGAGCGCUUCUCUGAGACAGUGCAGGAGAUCACACGACGGCGGUGGCGGCGGAGUCGAUGGCGACGGCUGCCGGUGCACUUGUGUUCGGAAUCCGAACCGUGUGUUCCAACGCUAGAGAUCAUCAGGCUAUCAAGGUGCUUCUUUUUUUGAUCAAAGGCUAUCAAGGUAUUGUUAUACCGAGCAAGUUGCCUUGUUCAAUAAUAACGGUGCAAAUAACACUGGAUGUGCAUGGAUCUGACCUCACAUGUCAGUAACACUAGUGUUGCUCUUUCUUUUCAUAUAAUAUAUUUGGUGUCCAUUAUUAUUUAUAGAA